CACCCAGCAACUUCUCUCCUCUCUCCUCUCCUCCCUCUUUCUCCUCCUCCCACUCUCCCAUCCUAUCCUGACCUCCUACAACUUACCCCUUCCUCUUACAGUUCCUCGCGCGGUGAAAUUGCAGCCGUUGGGAGCUUUCAUUGUGCUUUCGCAUCGAUAACGAGUCUUAUUUACCAAGAUGAGAGGCGAGGUCUGCCACGUUCACAUCGGCCAGGCUGGUAUCCAGCUCGGUAACAGUGCUUGGGAGCUGUACCUGCUUGAGCACGGCCUCAAGGCCGAUGGUCGCCUGAACCCCGAGGCAGCUGAAGAGAUCAACUCGGGCGGUUCCUUCGAGACUUUCUUCAGCGAGACAAGCAGCGGCAAAUAUGUUCCUCGCUCGAUCUUCGUCGAUCUGGACCCGUCGCCUGUCGACGAGAUCCGUACGGGCCAAUACCGCCAGCUCUUCCACCCCGAGAUGUUGAUCAGCGGAAAGGAGGAUGCUGCCAAUAACUACGCUCGUGGUCAUUACACGAUUGGAAAGGAACUUGUCGAAGACGUCGUCGAGCGCAUCCGUCGCGUUGCAGACAACUGCUCGUCCCUGCAGGGAUUCUUGGUCUUCCACUCCUUUGGCGGCGGCACUGGUUCUGGUUUCGGAGCCCUGCUGCUCGAGCGCCUCUCCGCUGAAUAUGGAAAGAAGUCCAAGCUCGAGUUCGCAGUGUAUCCCUCUCCUCGUGUCUCGACUGCUGUCGUUGAGCCAUACAAUGCUGUCCUGUCCACCCAUAGCACCAUCGAAAACGCCGACUGCACCUUCUUGGUAGACAACGAGGCCGUUUACGACAUCUGCCGUCGCAACCUGGAUAUCCCACGUCCUGGCUAUGAGCACCUGAACCGCCUCAUCGCCCAGGUUGUUAGCUCCAUCACCUCCAGUCUUCGGUUCGAUGGCGCCCUCAAUGUGGACUUGACUGAGUUCCAGACCAAUUUGGUUCCAUUCCCUCGUAUCCACUACCCCUUGAUCUCGUAUGCACCAGUGGUCUCGAGUAACCGUAGCUCCCAUGAGAGCUUUAAGGUGCAGGAUCUGACCUUUCAGUGCUUUGAACCUAACAAUCAGAUGGUGGUUUGCGAUCCUCGCAAGGGCAAGUAUAUGGCUGUGGCUCUGUUGUACCGUGGUGAUGUUGUGCCCCGUGACUGCACCCAGGCUAUCGCCUCGCUCAAGGCUAAGUCUUCGUUCAACUUGGUUGAAUGGUGCCCCACCGGUUUCAAGCUGGGCAUCAACUACCAGAAGCCCGUCCGCGUUCCUGACACCGAGCUCGCCCCAGUCGACCGCUCCGUCAGUAUGCUCUCCAACACCACCUCUAUUGCUGAAGCGUGGGGUCGUCUUGACCACAAGUUCGACCUCAUGUACUCCAAGCGUGCCUUCGUGCAUUGGUACGUGGGCGAGGGAAUGGAAGAGGGCGAGUUCUCUGAGGCUCGUGAGGACUUGGCGGCGCUGGAAAAGGACUAUGAGGAGGUUGCCAACGACAGCCUGGAGCCUGAGGUGGAGGAGGGGGCUGAGUAUUGAGCCUUUUGCACCUCCGGGCUCAUUCUGCUUUGGUUUCUCUGAUUCUUGAUCUGUCUGACUUCACCCAUCCAAAACCGAAUGUAUUCCAUCCUUUUGUUUGCGACAACCCCUUCUGUUUGUGCUUUUCGUUUUAACUUUUCACCCUUACCCCAUAAUAAAUUGGUAUCGACCGCGGGACAAUAUGAGCAGAUGAAUUUCUCUAUCUUCAAACCAACGCCGAGGUGGUAUCCAGCAUAGAACAUCAAAAAGGUCUAAUAGGCUGUU